AGAUGAAAAUGUCAGAAGAUGAAGAGACUCUGUCAAACGGGUGCUCGCGGUCAGAACUGUCUCUGGCUCUGGACGACUGCAUGGCCGCCCUGGAUUUGUUCCUCAGAAAUGACUUUGAGGAGGCGCAGACCCGACUCAAAUGCAGAACCAAAGACAGCAUGUACCACGCUCUGACCUACGCCACCAUCCUGGAGAUGCAGGCCAUGAUGACCUUUGACCCCCAACACAUCCAGACCGCAGGGAACACCAUGAAGGAGGCGCAGGCCAUCUGUCAGCGGAACCGCAAGAAGUCCAGCUUCUCCAAAAACUACACAGAAGAGGAGCUUCAUGCUGAAGUGUGCUACGCAGAGUGUCUCCUGCAGAGGGCAGCACUCACCUUCCUGCAGGAUGAAAACAUGAUCAGUUUCAUCAAAGGCGGAAUCAAAGUGAGGAACAGCUACCAGACAUACAAAGAGCUUCACACAAUCCUCCAGUCCUCUGGAUACUCUCACGGGGAAAACCAUGGGCACUUUGAGGGGGGGGUGAACCUGGGAGUGGGAGCCUUUAACCUGAUGAUCUCCAUGUUGCCCACGAGGACGCUGAAGCUGCUGGAGUUUGUGGGUUUCUCUGGUAAUAAGGAGUUUGGUCUGCAGCAGCUUCAGGAGGGCUGUGCUGACAGCACCUUCAGGUCCUUCCUCUGCAACAUGCUGCUGCUCUGCUACCACACCUUCAUGAGCUUCAUACUGGGAACUGGAGAAGGAGACGUUGAGGAUGCAGAGAAACUGCUGCAGCCGUACCUCGAGAAAUAUCCUAAGGGAUCCAUCUUCUUGUUCUUCGCUGGUCGAAUAGAGGAGAUCAAAGGCAACUUGGAUGCUGCCAUCAAGCGUUUCGAGGAGUGCUGCGAGGCGCAGCAGCAGUGGAAGCAGUUCCACCACAUGUGCUACUGGGAGCUGAUGUGGUGCUUCACCUACAAGAGGCACUGGAAGAUGGCCUACUUCUACGCUGACCUGCUCAGCAAGGAGAACACCUGGUCCAAGGCCACCUAUGCCUAUAUGAAAGCAGCCUACCUCAGCAUGCUGACUCCGGACGACUGCCUCACCUUCGGAGAGACCGCGCACACUCUGUUCAGGCAGGUCCCGGGGCUGAAGCAGAAGAUAGCGGGGAAGUCUUUACCGACAGAGAAGUUCGCUAUCAGGAAAGCCCGUCGCUACCUUGCAGAAAACCCCAUCCCUCUCCCUGCUCCUCCACUGGAGAUGAUGUACAUCUGGAACGGCUACACAGUCAUUGGCAAACACAAGGACCUGACUGAAGGCAUGCUGAAAACUCUGCAGGAGGAGCAGGCUAAACUCGACAGCAGCCCAAGGUCAGAGUUCACCAUAGAUGAUCAGUGUCUGCUGAGUCUGCUGAAGGGUCUGUGUCUCAAACACCUGGGGCAUCAAGAGGAGGCCGAACACUACUUCACCCUCGUCCUCUGCAACGAGUCUCAGAUCAAGUACGACCACUACCUGGUUCCCAACGCUCUGCUGGAGCACGGCCUGCUGUGUCUGGAGCAAGGCAGGAAGUCUGAAGCCAUCCGACUGCUAGAAACCGCAAAGCAAAACUACAAGAACUACUCGAUGGAAUCGCGGACUCACUUCCGGAUCCAGGCAGCUAUGCACAAAGCCAAAGGCGUGGCGGAGAACGGCCUCCAUUCCCCGAGCAGCCCUUAACGGACUGGGCCCGCCAGAGCAGACACAGCCUUCUGUUCUCCCACAAUGCAACACUCAGCCCACCCCUGCCCACAUUAUAAGGGCAGGUGAUCUGUUUGGGUGCUGCCCUCUCUGUGUGUGGCUAAGGCAGGUUUGCUUAGUCCUCUUCUAGAGAUAUAUUAUGAUGAAAUCGGCUUCUUAGAGCGAUUUGAAAUAGAGACAAAUGUGCCUAUAUUAAUGAAACAUUGCUUCUAUAGCAGGCUUGUUCGUCUAGCACUGUGUUCCCACCCAUAAGGGGCGCACUCGGGUGGGAAACCAGCUGUGAAGUAAAUACAUACUGCUCCUUAAUUAUCCCCAGAAUAAAAACGUGCCCAGUUUAAGGUGCAGGGUUGGAUCUAAUGGAGUACCAAACACCAAACACAUAGAUUACUCAUACAGACUCCACCCAGCCACCAAAUGUACCUGGUUGCUAAAAAAGCUCUCAUGCCCACUUUUAAUUCCUGUAAAAUGGAGAUUGACGAUGAAAAUGACAAACAAUUAUGUGUUGACAUCAUGCAACUCACCGCAUUAACCAUGUGACUGUUUUGUACCAUGUUAUUUGAUACAUUCUGGUUGACGGGUUUCAUCUAUAUUUAGAUAUUUUAACAAAACCAAUAUGACCUAUUUAGAGAAUAUACAUUAUUUAUAUGUUGGUUUCACUUUUUACACUACAUAAGCUUUAAGAGCGAGGGAUUGUUUAUUUUACAUGUGUCUUCCUUUACUUGAAACCUUUUGAAACCUGUUUUCAUGUUCAUUCAGUCUCCUUCUGUAUUAACCCUUACAUGUAAUGGCUUUUGCACAGAGCUUUGUAAAUCAGCCAAGAGUGAAAAGAUCAUAAAUGCAAAGAGCUGUUCUUUACAUUGAUAUAUUGUAAAUGGCACCUUUUACACGAAUUGUCCCGUUUUAAGAGGACAGAUGAAUGCGUCUUUUAGAAAGGCAGAUCCCUUCUUUUCUCCUCGUGGCGUUUGCGACGGGCUCCAGCGGUACUUCAGCGUGAACACACGGGCCAUUCCCCCCGAGCAGAAAAAGGACCUUUACCCGUCCGCCUGUUGCAUCGUUAGUGAGUGAAGAAGCUCCGAACACAAAGCCAGAACAGUCUUCACCGCUUUGAGAGCAUCCUCCGCUGCUCCUCCUCCAUCAGCCAUGCUCGACAACAACCAUCUAUACAUGGACGUGAACAUAAUAACAACGCUACUUUGUCAAAAAAAUAAUCUGUAUAUGAAAAAAACAACGUUUGUAAUGACUGAUGAUACGACAGAAAAGGGUCACCUCUAAUCAUGUUAGUGGGGAGGUUUCGCUAAGUGUCCAAAACCUAGAAACUAAGAUGGUGUCUCAAGUGUUGGAAUUAGAGAAGUGUUGAUUUAAUCAUGAUUAGAGUAACGUUUGAUUCAAGACGAUGACUAGGAGUCGGUUUCAAUUUAUUUUAUUGGUGAAGGAAAUCUACUUUUAAUUUUGUUUUAACGUAGGCUAUUUCAAAAUGAUAUGUCAUUGUCUGAUAAUUAACUUUUUCCCCCCUUUUGGUUUUGCAGAAAUAGCUGAAAGAAACCCUUUCAAAUGUAGUGGCAUUGUGAUGUUUACAAUCAGCGUAUUUUAUCGGGCACGGCUACUACUGUGCAGAAUGACAUUCCUGUACAUACUGAAUGUUUCUAUUGUAAUUUAAGAUGAAAUGAUAAGCAACUUAAAAACAAACCAUCUCA